CUCCUUCUGCCCCUCACCCCUUCACUUACCUUUUCCCUCCUUUGCUCCAGGGCAAUCUCAUCCUUCAACUGUGAGUGAAGUUUUUUUUUUUUUUUUUUUUUCACCCUUCCCCCAGCCCCCUGGGAAUGCUGACUCCAGAGAUCUGGGCCUGAGGUUGUAUAAAUGCCCUGUGGAGUUGCAGUCCAGCACUCUUGGCCUCCCCACCUCUGCCAGCCUCCUGGGCUCUCCACCCAGCACCACCAGCAUCAUGCUCCGGCAAGCCCUUCUCCUCUCCACCUGCUUCGCUCUGGCUAUGACUUACCCUGCACUGCUUCAGGAAUUCAUUGCUGACUUAGAGUCAACCAUUGACAUAGAGUACACUGGCCUCGAGUCGACCAGUGGCCUAGAGCCAGCCACUGUCUCCACUUACCUGGAGUCAACCACUGUCCCCACUGACCUGGAGUCAACAACUGUCCUAGAGUCAACCACAGGCCUCGAGUCAACAAUUGGCUUAGAGUCGACAGCUGGCCCCAUUGACCUGGAGGCAACCACUGGCCCCACUGACCUGGAGUUGACAGUUGGCCUAGAGUUGACCACUGGCCCCACUGACUUGGAGUUGACCACUGGCCUCCAGUCAACCACUGGCCCCAUUGACCUGGAGUCAACCACUGGCCUAGAGUCAGCCACUGGCCACACUAACCUGGAGUCAAUCACAGACCUAGAGUCAACCUCUGGCCUAGAGUUGACUACUGGCCCCACUGACCUGGAGUCGACCACUGGCCUACAGUCAACUACUGGCCUGGGGUCGACCACUAGCCCCACUGACCUGGAGUCAACCACUGGCCCACAGUCAACUUCUGGCCUAGAGUUGACUACUAGCCCCACUGAUCUGGAGUCAACCACUCACCUACAGUCAACCAUUGGCUUAGAGUCAACCACUGGCCUAUCAGACUUGACCACUCACCAUGACUUCACUGAAGAUACAGAAACAACCACUGAAGUGUAUUUGGAGAACACACAGACUUUUGAAGGUGUCACUGCUGGUUAUUCUGAAGAGCCUGUGACUGAAGCAUAAGGCAAGUUCAAAGACCUCUCUUUUUUGCUCUUCUUGGUCUCUGAGGGAUUUUUUUCUUGGGAGGCACUCCAGGACAGAUUCAAGAAGUGGGACUGGGGUAGGUACUCUUACCAUGUCUACACCGUUCUCAGCCAGGCACCAUGUUCACUAGCUGAAUCUACUUUUGGGGGAGAAGAGAGAA